AAACUUGGAGAAUCAUUAGAUACUGAUACACAAUGCAACCACUUGUUUGGAUCAGUCUGUGACCUCUACUUGUCGAUAUUAAAGGAUUGUACAAUUUUGAAUUUCCAGGUCCAUCAGAUAAUCCGUAACCAGACUAGCAUAGGCAUGCGUCACCGUGACCAUGCUGUAACUGGGAAUGUCAUGAAGGGUGUGAGCUCAGCUUUGGUCACCUACUUUUUUGGACCAGAGGGAAAAAAGAAGCUGACCGUACCAGUGUUUCUUGCCUUCCAACAACAGGUUCAAAAUGAAGUGCUCAGAAUCGAGUUUGACCGUUAUGAUCCUGAGGAUGGGAAGAUCCAGGAAAAAGAUUUUGGAAGAAUUCUUCUUACUUAUGCUGGAUAUCCAGAUAAGAAAAAGACACGCAUGCUGAAAAGAGUUAUCAAGAAGUUCAAAGAGGAACCACAGGGUAUCACAUUUGAGGAAUACAUCAACUUCUGGCGUUUCCUGAAGAGCAUAAAUGAUGUGGACACAGCUUUAAGUUUCUACCAUCUGGCUGGGGUUUCUAUUGAUGAAGAGACACUGAAGCAUGUAGCAAAGACAGUAGCCCAUGUCCAUUUAACAGAUCAUGUGGUGAAUGUGGUGUUCACACUCUUUGAUGAAAACAAUGAUGGUCAAUUGAGCAAUCGUGAGUUUGUGUCUGUGAUGAAGCAGCGUGUGAUGCGAGGGUUGGAGAAACCAAAGGACACUGGUUUUAUCAAACUCAUCAAUGCAACCUGGAAGUGUACCAAAUCCCAAACCUCAGCAUUCCUUGAGUAAUCUCACUGACUUUGGUGUGCAAAGGAUCUCUGCUCUGACAUCUCUGUGAUUGUCUAAAUUAUAGUUUUGUUUUUUGUUUUUAAGGGGAAUGUUUCUAAUACAUCCUGAAUUAUAUUUGUAUGUUCUUAAACUAGAUAGUUAUUCUAUAAUAUUAGUUAUUCUUUAAUAUAAGUUGUCUACCAUCUUUAAAGAUUCUUUACCUCUAUACAAGAUUUCAUAUUGACUUGAUCAUGAAGAAUAAACAUGCUAUCCUACA